AGAGAAAGUCCUCAGCUAAAGGAACCGCAGAGGCGGAAUCACGCUCUCAACACGCGCGUUUUCUUCUCACUUCUUGGACAGUGGUUCUGUCCAAACUGGAUUUUCGUGCACAAUUAGGGCAUGCUCCAAUCCAUUCUCCCCAAAUCCUCCGCCCCCGAUCGAUUUUGACCGGAAGUGUCCGAUUGCCUUCCUAUCCGAUCUGUGAAACACUAAUUCUCGCAUCGGAAUCCCUCCGCAUUGUUCACUUACUGAUGGUCUAGAGCUCUCCUGGCGCCAUGACGAAGAGUUCCGCCUGUAAGGGCCUGGACGUGUUUGAUUUCAACGAAGAAGACGAGCUUCCUGAAAUCGCGUCUCGAAGGGUUUUGGGAAAAUUCAAAAACCCUAGUGCUGAGAGUUCGCCUCUAAUGAAGUACAAGCUCCUUGAGUUCGCUGCCCAUGGAUCCAAUGGUCCGGCAAAGGAAGAUGGCGAUGGACUUUGUACCCCUUGUGUUGAUGUUGAUGCAAUUGACAACGCCGUUUCAUGCUCUCCCCUGAGCGCAGCGGGAGAAGACGCUGAUACCAAAGUAACGUUUGGGUUCGGGGCUGUUCUGCAAUCUAGCUGUAGAAAUCAUGAACACUCCCAUUGCACAAUUGAUAAUCACGAACGUGAAAGUAUUUUUUCUGGAUUAGAAAGAAAAGCUUCUAGUCCUGGAGCGCCUGUAGCUGGAAGCAGUCAAUUGGACUGCCUCCUUCCGGAGUCCCCGUGCAGUAAUGAGCCAGAGCCAGUUGACACGUCCACUAACACUGAUGGAAGCAUGAAAGAGAGUUCUCCAUCAACCCCUGCAUCUGAUAUUGCAGAGGAUAGUGUUUCUUCAGAUGGACAUGCACUGGAUGAACGCUUUGGGGCUUGGGGAGAGGAUGACAAUAUGGCUGUUGUUGUUUGUCCUGAUUAUAUUGUGUAUCGGGAUAGAUAUUGUACGGCUUCACUAUUGUCCUUUUCCAGCAGUUGCAUCAAAAUAAAAGGUUCAAUUGCACAUGGAACACAAGGAAUUAAUGACUGUCAAUGGGAUAUUCAUGAUGUUGUUGGUAUCGAGUCUCAAUGGUUUGGAAGGGUUGAAACAGCUAUAGUGAAGCUCCAUGUGAUAUCGAAGGAUGUGGCACAGGAUGAUAAUGCAGAUGGUACUUCAGGCAUUGAGGAGUUGAAGUUUGCAGUUGUCGACCCCAACUGGUCUGGGAAGCAGGAAGCAAUCAUUUCUUUGGAUUUGAGAUACAAGGCUGUUUGGAAUGUUGUGCUCGAUGCUGAUGGCGUUGGCAAUGAAGAUGCUGUACUUGGACAGAAAAACGUUUUCUGUCCAAAACGCUAUUUUCCUAUUUUUGAUAAGCCUUUUGAAGAUGUUGUUUAUCCAAAAGGGGAUUCUGAUGCUGUUUCCAUAAGUAAGAGAGAUAUUAAUCUGUUACAACCAGAUACAUUCAUCAAUGACACUAUCAUUGACUUCUAUAUUAAAUAUUUGAAGAAUAAAAUUCCACCUGAGGAAAAGCAUAGGUUCCACUUCUUUAAUAGCUUUUUCUUUCGGAAGCUGGCCGAUCUGGACAAAGAUCCAUCUAGUGCUUCAGAUGGCAGGGCUGCUUUUCUGCGUGUUCGCAAGUGGACAAGGAAAGUGAAUUUAUUUGGGAAGGACUUCAUCUUCAUUCCUGUAAAUUUCAAUCUCCAUUGGAGUUUAAUUGUAAUAUGUCAUCCUGGAGAAGUGACUAAUUUUAAAGAUGAGGACAUAUUCAGGUCUCUCAAAGUACCAUGUAUUUUGCACAUGGAUUCUAUCAAAGGAAGUCAUAUGAGCGUUAAAAAUAUUAUUCAAAGUUACCUGUGGGAAGAGUGGAAGGAGAGGCAAAAGGAUACGUCUGAAGAUAUAUCUUCGAAGUUCUUGAAUUUGCGUUUUGUCUCUCUUGAGCUCCCGCAGCAGGAAAAUUCAUUUGAUUGUGGUCUCUUUUUGCUCCAUUAUGCGGAACGUUUUUUGGAUGAAGCUCCUGCUAGUUUCAGCCCAUUCAAACUAACAAAAUUCUCAAGCUUUCUCAAUGUAAAUUGGUUUCCACCUUCCGAGGCUUCUCUCAAGCGUGUUCUUAUCCAGAGACUGAUCUAUGAUAUCCUUGAAAAUCGUUCUCAGGAAACCUCUCCUCGUGGCUGCAGUAAUGAGCAGUGGUUGAAAUUUCAAGAAAAUAAAAUUGAGAAUGGAGCUGGUGUGGAGUUUGUUGAGGAGAGAUUUAGUCCUGCAAAAGCUUGUCAUGGAAAUUUGUCCAGCUCACAAACAGGCCAAGGAAUUGAAAUUACUCUAUUAGCAACAUCUUCAGUGAGGAAUUCUCAGUGUGUUGGUGACUCAGGCUUGGUUUUGAGGGAGUUUUUUGAGCCAGGGGCUGCUGCAGGGUCAUUCCUUGAUGGACGGUAUCAAUCUUUUGAACCAACAGCAUCUUUUCAUCGGCUUAAUGAUGCUAUGGCACCAGUUAUGGAAGAGACAGCAGCUGGUGAGCAACUACUUUAUCCACCAGUGGGCGAAACUGGUUAUCAAAGAUUGGGUGGAAUUCCUCAUGAUGAUUGUUCCCUUGCAUAUUCAUGCGGAGAUUUUAGAGGAGAGCCUUUGUGGAACCCUGGAAUCUCUAUGCAGCUCCCUGAGCAUGAGCAUGAGCAUGAGCUUGCUGCCUCAUCCCCAGAGACAUUAAGUUGUUCCUCCGAGGAUUCGUUAGAAAUGGGGUUCAAUAAAAUUAGCCCCACUGGGGGAGAUAAAGGCCUGAACCAUAAAGGAGAAGAUCGAUCUACAUCUCCCUCCACGGAAAAUAUUGUUUGCUCCACACAGCAUAUUGCAUCUGGAUCUAGUGGAAUAGAGGAGAUUGCUGUCAAAGACACUCAAGACCAUGACAAAUUGCCAGCUUGCGAUGAGAAUGGGGAGUCUCGCUCUUGCCGAACAACAAUUAUGUCAUUCACUAUCAAGGACUCUGAUAUGGAAGAAAACCAGGAUGGUGCAUGUGAUGAGGCGCAAUUGGUUGGUGAUGAUACGUUGUCAGAAUCAGAGCAGCGAGCUGCAAAAAAGUUGCGGCUUACACCCCCGUCCGAGGAGGAAGGCAGACACACGGGAACCCUCCUAAAAGAUCUGCACUUGUGAAUUUGGAAUGGCUAGAACAUCCAUUUGCCAUGCUCUGUGAAUAGUGUUAUGCCCGUAUACUGACGCUGUAUGAAUGGACUCUAAUGGGAAGCUAUGUGCAUAUAUCAUGUUCUCAAAAUUUUGAAGUGAGCAGUGACAGUUUAGGGUUUUAGAAGUCACAGAAAUCUUGUAAUUCUCUUAAAUAGGUUUGGUGAUUUAAAGAUCCUUUGACCCGCAAGCCUCUGUUCAAUUCACCUGAAAAUCAAUGAGUUGGGGCUGGGAUCUAUGUUUAAUGGGUCAAAUGGGUUGGCCAUUAACAAACAAUUUCAGUAGAAAAAUGCUCUAUUAUCUUUGUGAAAUACAAUGAUUAAUGUUUUGAUUUGUGUUUA